AUGGCCACGGCAGCUGCCCCCGAGUCCUCGCUCCUCUCUCUGCUCUACCGGUCGUACCCGGCAGCCAUCUCUCCCGAUGCGACUGAACCCGAUUACCUCCACGCCUCGUCCAAGAUUUUCCCCACCGUCACCUUCGCCGAAGAUGAGGAAGCCGACAUCAAGCAAUGGCUGCACACCGUCGACGGUCUGAAAGCCUCCCUGGCUAAAGGCGACAAAGAAGCUUCCGAGGGAAUGCUGAACCAGUUGAACAUCCACCUGGCCACACGAACGACCGUCCUCGGUGCGAAGCCUUCGGUCGCCGAUAUUGCUGUCUACGCUCUUCUGGCCCCCGCCGUUGAGAAGUGGACUCCCGAGGAGCGCACUGGAGAGAAGGGCUACCACCACAUCGUGCGCCACGUGGACUUUGUGCAGAACGCCCGCCUGUUCUCUCUGCAGAUCCCCGACGAGGAGAAGGUCGCCAUUGACAUAAACGACGUCAAGUUCGUACCCAAGCCCGUCGACCCCAAGGAGGAGAAGGAGCGCAAGAAGCGCGAGAAGGCCGCUGCCCAAACCCCAGAGGGCAAUGCCGAGUCCAAGCCCCUAGUCGUUAGCCAGGGCAAGCCCGAGAAAGGUAAGGCCGACAAGGGCCAGGCCCAGGCUGGCGCUGACGCCGCCGCCGGUGGCCCUCCCCGCACCAACAAGAAGGAAAAGAAGGAGAAGAAGGAGAAGGCCCCCAAGCCCGCUCCUGCGCCCGCUGCCCCUCCCGCCCCCUCACUGAUCGACCUGCGUGUCGGCCACAUUCUGCGCGCCAUCAACCACCCCAACGCCGACUCCCUGUACGUCUCCACCAUCGACUGCGGUGACGCCCCCGGCAGCGACAACACCUCCCUGGACGAGGAGACCGGCAAGACCGUUCGCACUGUCUGCUCCGGCCUGAACGGCCUGGUGCCUCUGGAGGAGAUGCAGGGCCGCAAGAUCGUCGCCGUCUGCAACCUGAAGCCCGUGACCAUGCGUGGUGUCAAGUCCUGCGCCAUGGUUCUCGCCGCCUCUCCCCGCCUUGCUGAGGGCGAGGAGGACAACCACGCGGGCCCCGUCGAGCUGGUCAACCCUCCCGCUGACGCCCCUGCCGGUGAGCGCAUCACCUUCCAGGGCUGGAACGACGGCGAGCCCGAGAAGCAGCUCAACCCUAAGAAGAAGGUCUGGGAAAUGUUCCAACCUGGCUUCACCACCACCAGCGACCUCGAGGUUGCCUUUGACAGCAGCGCUGUCCCCACUGUCCACGGCCAGGAGGGCAAGCCUGCUCUUGGCAAGCUGGUCGCUGCCUCUGGUGGUAUCUGUACCGUUAAGAGCUUGAAGAACGCUACUGUGCGGUAA